AAUUUCAACCGUUUGAUUAAAUUUUUUUACACUUUAUUUCUCAAAAUUUUGUGAAAUUAAACUUGGACAAUUAAUUUGAGAAGGGGAAAUAGUCUCAAAUUUUGUUAGGGUGGUGCUAAAUUUAUUUAUUCCAUGUAAAUAUAGUCGACCCCCCCCCCCAGCUGAAUGCCAUCUCUUUCGGCAGCAAAGUGUUGUCAUUUGGGCUUCCAGAACAUCAGUAAAUACACACUCACUGCAACAGAACGCAAAUUUCUCUACAACUAUUUGCCAAGGCGAAGGUAUGGUACGGGAAUGGAUGUUUUUAGGUCUUCCAAGCAGCUAAGUAACCACAUGAAAAUGGGAAAUAUCCACGGCGCGCAGAAGCUGUUUGAUGAAAUGACUGAGAAAAGCAUUGUGGUUUGGUCAAUCAUGGUCCACGGGUACUCAAAGAAUGGUCUUUACGGGAAAGCGUUUGAGUGUUUUACUGCAAUGAGACAUUUUGGCCUGGUUCCGAAUUCCUUUACCUUUGUGGGAGCUCUGGUCGGUGUCUCUGGGUUGGAAGACAUUGCACUCUGUCGUGCCGUUCACGGGUUGAUAGUGAGGAUUGGGUGGGAGUUUAGCUCUGUUGUGGCUACUGCACUCCUUGAUGCUUACUCAAGAUGUCGGUUCGCAGGUGAUUCUUACAAGGUUUUUGAUGCCAUAAAGUCGGAAAGCGAAGUUCCAUGGAAUGCAAUGAUAAAAGGAUUUGUGUAUAAUGAGCUCUUCGAAGAGGCAGUUUUCUUGUUUAACCGUUUCCGGGAGUCUGGUUCUAUUCCUAAUGCUGUAACAUUAAUGACUCUUACCCAAGGCUGUGUUGCCUUAAAAUCUCAGCAUCUUUGUGAAUCCGUUCAUGGUUUUGGUAUUAAAUUUGGUCUUGUUUCUGAUAUAGAGGUCAGCAAUGCUAUUCUUUUCAUGUAUUCGACUUUGGCUGACUUAAAUCUUUGUAGAGAAGUGUUCGAUUCAAUGGAUGAUAAAGAUGUUAUUAGCUGGUCAACACUGAUGGGGUUAUUGGUUCAACUCGAAUAUGCCUCUGAUGCUAUAAAGCUUUUCUUUCAGAUGAGAAAUUUUGGAACCAGGUAUGAUGCCGGUGUCCUAGGUAAUCUCAUUUCAGCUUGUGGGCUUGUUGGAAAUUUGAAAAUGGGGAAGUCUGUUCAUGCUCAGACUAUCACUAAUGGUUUUGGAUUCAACAUUCAUCUGGCUAAUUCCAUGAUAACAAUGUAUGCAAGAUGUGCAAAUCUAGAUUCAUGUACAACUUUGUUUGACAGAACACCUACGAAGAAUGUUGUUUCAUGGACAUCUAUGAUUUCAGGGCUUUUGGUUAAUAAGAGGCCUAGGGAAGCACUCGAUUUGUUCAUCGGUGCAAGAAAUCACGGAAAUUUAUAUGCCGACCCAGUACUUUUGGUAAAUGCACUAAAUGCAGCCGGCGAACUAUGUCUAUUAGACUUUUGCAUGCAGCUCCACUGUUAUGCUUUCCAAGCUGGAUUCAUAUACCAUAAAUGUUUGCCAAAUUGUCUCAUAUCAGUUUACUCAAAAUGUGGUAAUGUGGAACUUGCCCAUAGUGUUUUUGUGCACAUGAGCUCUCUGUGUGACAUUACUUCUUGGAAUGCGAUGAUUUACGGGUAUGGGAUCAAUGGCCAUGGAAAGACUGCUCUCUCACUCUUUAAUGAGUUUAGGAAGUGUGGAGGAAUCCCUGAUUCCAGCACUUACCUGUGUGUUUUGAGCGCUUGUAGCCGUGCAGAAAUGGUCAAAGAUGGUUUGUUGGUUUUCAGUACAAUGCUUGAAGAUGACAAUUUAAAAGUUUCUAAGGAGCACUGUUGGUGCAUUGUUGAUCUGCUCUCUCGCGCCGGUUACUUGUCUGAUGCGAGUGAGUUAAUGGAUGGAAGCAGAGACCGAAAUGCUUGGAAGGCUUUUUUGAACGGGUGCGUGCUUCACAAUGAUUUGAAAUUGGCAGAGAUUGCUGCGAGAAAAAUGGACGGAUUUGCCCAGACAGACCACGGGCAGGAUGUCGUGCUUCUGUCGAAUAUGUAUGCAUCAGUUGGGAGGUUUGAGGAUGCUGAAGCCUUGAGGUUGAACAACAUGGCUGGGAAGAAACUGAUGAAAGAACCAGGGUUAAGUCUUCUCAGUGGUGGCUGACUCUUAGGAGUUGAAAAUGCUAUUCAAGACAUGAUCUUUACUGAAUGAGGGAAGAUGUUGAGGUUCUCUAGGAAUGUGCUCCCUCCGUCCCAAAAAACUUUGACUUUCAAAUGAAAGAGAAAUCGUGUGAUUCACAUGUUUACCACUUUUAAAAUGGGAAGUAUUUUUUGGCACGGACGGCGUAAUAUCAAAACAGAAGCUCUUGGCAAUGGAAUCAUUGGUGAAGAACUUCCAUGGGAGGGCCUAAGGGAAACUAUACCCGAAGCAUUAAGGGAUUGAUAUUGGCGUUAGAGGUCAGAUAUUUUUGGUAAUAUAUGGACUCUUUAUAA